GUUUGGUAGUUAAACUUGUCCAGAUUGGAAUGGCGGAAGAAUCAAAUUAAAAGAUAAUUGUAUGAAAGCGUUAUGGAAAAUCUAAGUGCAGAAGCACGCAGUGUCUACAGCAAGACAGGGAGAAUGCUGCCAGACCUUGUUCCCCGUCAUCUGACCUUCGGAUCACCAAGUUAUCCAUCGCCACUUGAUCGGAUAAGAUCGGGUAGGCUAGAGCGUCGCACACAGCUGGGUCUUCAAUCUCCCAUGGGUGAUUCCUUCGAGGCCAACCAGUCGUUUCCGAAAUGCUCCAAGGGGAAACUGAGCCUGCCUGCCAAACUGGUUCCUUUGGAAGAUUUCAAAGGUGCGGAACUGAAUGACAUCAGUUAUACUGGUUUACCAAAGUUAGGAAACACUCAGGAUCAUCUCGGACCAACACAUGUACGCAGCCAUGAUUCCUCAAAAAUUGAUAGUCUUAAUGCCUCCAGAGACAACAGUUUAAAUGCAUCCAGAAGUGAGCGUUCCUACAACAACAGCAAUGAAUUAAGCUGGUCGUUCUAUGGAAAGAUGUGCGGAGAAGGGGCUGCCAAUUGCCCAACAUCCGUGAGGAACCCUAACAAAGCUCUCUGUACAAUAGAUGCAAAGACUUCUGAAAUUCUGAUAGCCAAUGAGAUGGCCUGCGAGUUGUUUGCCUAUGAGGAGUCAGAGCUGAUAGGGAUGAAAUUGAAAGACCUGGUGAGACUGAAGCCCAGAGACCAGAGCACCAUCAUGGAGUCACACCUGGAACCCACAGGCGAUGUGGUCAACAUCUGUGGGAAAGUGGUGGAGUCAGUCGACAAGAACGGACUGGUUCUUCCAGUGUCCAUCUGGGUCAAAAGGUUGGAGGUCAGUCCAGAGCCCCGCUGUCUGGUUGCCAUGGAACCAGUGGAACGCACCAUAGCGACAGUGCAUUUUUCUGCCGAGGGCAUGAUAAUGUCCUGUGAUGAGCAGCUGGCCUAUCUCCAUGGUUACGAUAGCGACCGGGACCUGGCUGGGGCCCACAUCCAUGACCUAAUACCUGCACUCAAGUUGCCCCCUGCUGAUGGGGGAUUGACUAAGGAAGUCAGGAAGCAGCGAGCCACAGGACGGACCAAGGAUGGCUCAAGCUUCCCACUGAGCAUAGCUAUAGACAUUGCCAAGGACAAUGAUGACAUUGAUGAAAGCUUGGAGCCUGCAGAAAACUUCUCUAAACUGCAACACGAAAGUCCAGAUAGCUGUGAGGCCAGUUCAAUGGUGUUCACCAGGGCCAGAGUAAACGAAAGUCCAGCGGUUGAUAGGCGAUCAGGGGGCGGGACUGAAAGUCAAGUGGUUGACAGGAAGUCAGGAGGCGGAGAUUAUGGAAGUCCUGUGGUUGACAGGCAUUCAUGGGGUGUGGCUUAUGGAAGUUCAGUUGUUGACAGGCGGUCAGUGGGGGGAACCAAUGAAGUUCCAGCUGUUGGGAUGCAGGGGAAAGGCAAAGCUAUUGUGUACAGAGGCGUGGUGUGGGUGUUUGCCAACAUAAGUGGGCUGGUCACUUUUUUGCCUGAUGGCACUGUACACAACAUAAAUGACAACCUGUCACUACUGCUGUUCGGCUACAGAAGUGGGGAAGUUAUAGGAAAGAAUAUCAGCCUAUUGAUCCCAGAUUUCUAUGAGAUAUUGGAGCUUGAGGAUGCAGGCAGUGAGGACAGUGGGGCUCAGACCUCGGCCUGCAAUAAAUAUGAAUCUGAAAGCCCCUGCCUAUUCAGUGUGACUCAGAAUGGGAAAAUGUCAGGGCGGGACUUUCCCACACCCCUGGAGGGUUUCCAUGUGAACGGCCCUGGGGUCACCUCCACACCCAACAAGUCCUGGGCCCAUCCGGAGAGCUGCGAGAAUAUGCAAUGUUCAGAUAAAGCCAACCACUCUGAGGGCAAAGUGAAGGGAUAUGAGCUUCAGGACUUGCGAACUUUGACCCCAGUGAAGCCACAGCCUGUUAGUAAGGAUCCUGAGCAGGAAAAUGCCCUGACUGUGGACAACAGAGAUGACAAAGAUUUGGUUAAUGAUAAACACAAUAAUGAUGAGAUAUUGGAAAGUCAGCAGAAAUUUUGCAAGGAUGGAAAAAGUCAAGAGUGCGUGCAAACUGUGAAAGAAAAAAUAACACCCAACUUGGGUGAAAAAUCGGUGGUAUGUACUUUCAAUAAGGACACUGGUAUGAUGGAUGUGGUCACAAUGUUUGUUGAGAAUGUGAAGGCUAUCAAGCACAAAACGGACAUAACAGCUUGCUCAACGCCAAUUCUGAAAGGAACAGACGUAAAGGGUUGCUCUACACCAAUAAUCAAAGGACUGAAAGGAGAUCAGGACAUAGUGCCGUCCCCAUGUCUCUCAGACAUAGAAGGACAAUGUAACGGUCGGAAUUCCCAUCUCUUGGAUGAGUCUGGUGACGCUUGCAUGUUGGAGAUGGGAAAAUUGAGGCUAAUGGAUGAUCAUUGCAGUAGACUCAAUACUACGGACGAGUUGCUUUCAGCGUCUGCAGGCUUUGAGAGACUGGAUGCGAAUGAAGAUAACAAGGAGAAUUUAGAAAUAGAUGAGAAAAAGAAUCAAGAUGCAUAUGCUAAAGUUGGGGAGAAGGGCGAUGGGAUCCAAAGUCUAAAUUUAAGCGUUGCCAAAAAGUCGGAUUUAAAAAUGUUCGAUGGAGGAAUGGUUAAGCCGUUUGUGAAUCAGGUUGGGGACAAUAUGGGCAACACUGAAGGAGAUAUUGAGAAAGUUACAACAGAAACUUCUCUUUUAAAAGAUAACGAUGAGACAAGCGUUCCAAAGGUGGUGAGGAAAGCGAGUCCAAAAAUGGGUUUGAGGGUGUCUUCGCCGACUGCUAUGCAGACAUCACCAAAAGAUGCCAAUGUGGCAACUGAUUGUUUGGCUCCAUUGCUUAAAGUUGAUUGCCUUAACAAGAGUGGAAAUGAUGAAGGAGAAUUGAGUCGAACACAAGACGACUUGAACAAGUCCUACGCUGUGAUAGUGACAUCGUCGGAUAGCAACGUGUGCACAUCAGAAGAUAAUGAAAACUCUGCGUCCAUAGGAGUGAUAGAAGACGUUGAUGAAUCUCUGCUGCACAGGUCGAGCAUUCAUCAGUUCCUGAAUUCACGGUGCAACAAAAGCAGGACUCUCAACAAUUCUGGUUCAUUUAGAAACAGUGGCCUGGACUAUACCAAUUCUUUUCGACAGAGCCCACUUUUCGAGGCAGAUGUAUUGACACCGAAAAAAGACUUGAGAGAAUCGACCGUGAAUGGCUUGUCAAACAAAGAAUCGGGUAAAAUUUUGGAAGGGCCAAAUGACAAUAUUGAGGUAUAUGAACCUGAUUUGCCGGAGACGCCUUAUAUCGGAAGGGGUAACGACUAUGAUUUCAGUGGUUGCAGCGAGACGGAGUCCCCGAGCCUUCGUAGCUUUGAGCAGCAUGAGAAGGGUGUGCGAUACAUUACAAAGUCUCGCACAGGGUCGAGAUACUCUGACUACAGUUCCAAUGGGCCUGUGGUUUUCCCAGAGGGCAGCUUUCAAGGGCAGUGUCGGCACAAGGACCAGUCUUUGCUGGGCAUAGUGUUCCAAAUCAAGCGUGUACUGCUGGACGAUGACACUGAGGUGUACUGCAUGUGGGUGUCCCGCGACCCUGAGGAGCCCCAAGAGGUCAUAAGGUCAUACGCCAACCUGACCUUGGCCUCCAGUCACAACAGCACCCUGGACAGGAGCCACAAUUUCAGUCUCGGAGAGGUCCUUGCAGCUCAAGCCAGGUCGGACUCCAAGGAAAUACUCGAAGGCUACGAAAGUGGGGAAGAGGAAAACUCACAGAUACAUGAAUACUCACAAACCUCUCACAACCAGUCCAUUGAGUCCUUGGACCAGAACAGCGAUCACUCAAAUAACUACUCAAACUUGUCACAAAACUACUCAAAUCAGUCCUUUAACUACUCCAGCCGUUCUCAUGAUCGUUCGUACAGGUCACAUGACCAAUCAAAUAGGUCACAUGACCUGUCAAUAAGGUCACAUGACCAGUCUGUGAGGUCACAUGACCAGUCUGUGAGGUCACAUGACCAAUCAAAAAGGUCACAUGACCAGUCUGUGAGGUCUUCGGAAGGGACGGAGGAAGACAAAGCGCUGUGUCAUGGCCCAUACAGCAUUUUGUACGACACACAGCAUACCAUUGGCAAAGGAGCAUUUGGUUUUGUGAAGAUGGCCAGAAGGAGAGCUGACAGGAAAGAGGUGGUAGUGAAGUUUAUACGACGGGCCAAGGUGUUCAAGGACUGCUGGGUGGAGGACGAGAGAUACGGCCAGAUGCCUCUAGAAGUCAGCAUUCUUAGCAAGCUUAACCACCCCAACAUUGUCACGGUUCUGGAUGUAUUUGAUAACUCAGACUACAUCCAGUUGGUGAUGGCAAAGCACGGAUCAGGCAUGGACCUCUUUGAGUUCAUUGAUCGCAGUCCACGCAUGGAUGAAAAACUGGCAAGCUAUAUCUUUCGACAGAUGGUUUCUGCAGUGUCCUAUCUCCACGGUAAGAACAUCCUCCAUCGUGACAUCAAGGACGAGAACGUGAUCCUCAACGAGCAGUUCCAGAUCAAGCUGAUAGACUUCGGGGCCGUCGCAAUCCUGGAGCCGGGCAAACUGUUCUCCACGUUCUGUGGGACACUGGAGUACUGCAGCCCUGAGGUCCUAAUGGGAAACAAGUACUAUGGACCCGAGCUUGAAGUGUGGUCACUAGGGGUAACACUUUACACGCUGGUUUUUGGAGAGAACCCAUUCUUUGACGUGGAGGAGACGAUAAAGUGCACCUUGAAGCCACCUUUUGUUGUUUCUAGCGAGCUAAUGAUGUUGCUGUGCUGGUUACUGCAUCCUGACCCUAAGAAAAGAGCCACAGUUCCCAGCCUCGAGCGCAACCACUGGGUCCAGCAGAAAGUUGACAUCAGCAGAUACCGAUGGGAGGAAGUGUUACCUAAUAGUGAGUUCCAUGGUAACACGGCCUCUGACAACCGGCCUGACUCCCCGGGUGCAACCCCUGGUAACCAUGAAGACGAAUCCCUGGAUGACCUCAAGUGUAACCUCAUCAGCAAACUCAACUUGGAAUAAGGAUUUACUAAAACUGUUAACAGCAGGGGUGUGAUUUUUACUCCUUUCACCUGAUUGCCUCCCUUUCAAUGUCAAACUUGUUUUACUGAUAGUUGUUGGGCCUUAUUCUUUUUUACAAAUGAAGAGUUGAGUUGAACCCAGUAAGGUGGGUAAGGCAUUUCUCUCACCUGAGGCAGUUCUUAACCCAUUCCGACUCAAAAGCAAAGUGAAAAUGUGCAAACAGCAUAAAACCAGAACAACCUGUGAGUAACUUGCAGUCUGUUCAGCUUUUAUGCUGUUUGCUGCUCAUCAGUUUCUAAUGGUUGGAACUGAAACCUUUAAAAUUUGGAUCUAGUAAGAAAGAGUUUUAAUAAAAUGUAACUUUCUGAGGGACUACAAAUGCGUAAAAAUACGUAUCUAAGUGGUAAAUGGUUAACCUGACACCCCUGAAGACUAUUCUAUAACUGUUACGUGGCAGACAUGCAAAAUGGUUGAAUACACAGUUGGAUACGGGGUGGGGUAACAUGCACAAUAUUAUGGUUAUUUGACAAACGACGUUUUAGUACUGCAAAUUUUGGUAUGAAAUAUCACUGGCAAUACUCUGUAUGGCAGCCAUGCAAUGGCCCUGCAUUGAGGACAGUUAAUGCCUUAAUUUUUAAACUUUUCUGAAUAUUUAUAAGAUGCCAACAAUAUUUGUCAUAAAAUAUUUUACUUGAAUUAUUUGAAUGAUUGUAAAUUGAUUGCAAUUAGUUUUAAAGGAACAUUUGAAUGAACUUAAUAUUUUGCGCCAGUAGCCUCUAAGGUUCAAUUUUAUACCUGAUUGACUUUUGGCAUUUGAUAAUAAUUCAACAUUUUUAUGUUGCAAGUCUGACUGUAUUUGAGUAAAUUGCGCAAUAUAUUACAUGUGUUUUAUGAUAUGACAUCAUCCUUUCUCAGGACCUUGAAAUAAUUGUGUCCAAAUACUGAAGACAAAGCAACUUACUGGUUGUGAUCAUAUAACAUUCAUGGUGUAUGGGUUUCUAUGAGUCACAUUCAUUUGUAACAACCAUUCGGUAUCUUCUAGACACUUCCUGUUUACAGGUAAAUUUUUAUUUCGCUGUUUGGUUUAGAUGUGUGCUACUUGGUAAACAUACCUCCAAAACUAUGCAUUUAUCUAUUUGUUCUGAAAAAUAUGUUGGAAAUAUGUUUGAGUUUGUCACAUGUUUUGAUUUGAAUACCCAACAGUUUGUCGAUGGGAACACUGUGGGUCACACUCUGCUUUGGAUUUGGCUUUAUGUAUUGUCACAGCCUACUGUCUAAUACUCUUACUCUUAAUGCUCUUAUGAAAGUUAAAUAAUUAUAUGCCUUAAUAUAUGUACAUAAUAGUAUUCAUGGUAAACAUCUGGUAUUCUUGAUAUUAAAACGUUGCUCGGGUAUUCUGGAUAUGAAAAUGAGGCUCUGGUAUUCGGGAAAUGAAAAUGGGGCUCAGGUAUUCGGGAUAUGAAAAUGGGGCUCAGGUAUUCUGGAUAUGAAAAUGGGGCUCGGGUAUUCUGGAUAUGAAAAUGAGGCUCUGGUAUUGGGGAUAUGAAAAAGGGGCUCGGGUAUUCUGGAUAUGAAAAUGGGGCUCAGGUAUUCUGGAUAUGAAAAUUAGGCUUGAUCUGAGGAAACCAAGCUUAAUUAAUGUGCUUACAGUGUCAUGCCAGAUUAACCCGUGCAGUCCGCACAGACCUAUGAAGGGCGACACUACGCUGUUGUGGUAUUUUUCAUUUAAAGGAAGUAUCUUCUUAGCAAAAUACAGUAAAGGCAGAAAGUGUUGUCCCUGAUAAAUGUGUUAGGACUGCACUGGCUAAACUGAGACAAAACUUUGCAAACAUGUAUGAAACCCGGUUUUACCAGAGGGAGACUUAAAAGUCAGGGGCCAUGUGUGGGGCAGGGGCCAUGUGUGGGGCAGGGGCCAUGUGCUAUGUUGUAUUUUUGUUUGAGUGGAUUUUAGUCUUGUGAUGUGCAAUAUGUACAAUAUGCCGUGCUCUAUGAAAAGGGAGUUUAUUGCAUGUGCGUAAAGUGUCGUUCCAGAUUAGUCUGUGCAGUCUGCACAGGCUAUUCAGGGACAACUCUAUCCACUUGUAUGAUAUUUUUUGUUUAAGGAAAGUCUCUUCUUAGCAAAAAUCUAGUUUAGGCGGAAAGUGUUGUCCCUGAUUAGCCUGUGUGAACUGCACAGGCUAAUCUGUGAUGACACUCUACGCACAUGAAUUAAACACCUUUUUUCACAGAGUGCGGCCCAAAUGAAUGGAUAGACUGAGGUAAUGUUGAUAUGCUUAAUUCUUGCUUAAGGUCAUAUUCUAUAUCUUAUUGGAUUUUUUGUAUUUGAACAAACUGGUUUUAAUGUUGUAUAGCCUUUUUAUUUUAAUUUAUUCUUUUUUCUCAUUUUUCUGGCCUAAAACAUAAAAAUUGACAGUGUUUGAAAUGGCAAUUGAGGAGCAAAUGUAUAUAGUUUCAGUUUUUGUAGACACGCUACUGGUAGAUAUUAAUUGUAAAUAGAAUAUUUAGUAUAUUUUUUGUCUAUGUCUUUGUUAUUUAAUACUAUGUACAUAGUGUACAUUGUUUGUAUAUGUUGUGAAGAAUAUAGUGUUAUUUUUAUUAAUUUUUAAGAUGGUUUUGGUUGUGUACUUGUAAAGCAUAGCUAUUGUUUCGUGAUGUUUUAAAUUUAUAGCCAGCUUGAAGAUUUGGUUUUAAAACAUUGUUUUGUGCAAAGUAAAGUCAUGAUUGAUAGAGUUGUGAUUUUCUAACCUACAACAGUUAUAUUCUUUGUUAUCUCAUGUAUACAUAGAUUCAUGCGGCCUAGUGCAUAUUCAGUUUUCUUACAUUUAAAAUGUUUCAAUACAAACCAGUAGUCAAAGUUAACAAAAUGUAAUUAGCAAAACAGGUUUCCAGUUUAUUCCAAUAAAACUUUACAUGUUUUCAUUACUAUCAUAGGCUACAUGCAACUAAAAAGCUAAUGGGGGACCAUCAUUUAUUAACCGAUUUAUAAUUCACACAUACACCAAUAUUUACAUGCUUUAUGUACUUUUUGCUGUAAAAAAAAACUAAAAAAAAAAUAAAUUGUUGAUUUUGAUAUAAGGUAUAAUUUAAUUACGCUUAUUUGAGAAGCUUGGAAAAGUCCUGGAGAGCUGAAGUUUUAAUUUUGUUGUUUUUAUAAUCUUUAAAAAUUUGCCAACAGUGUUAUUUUUAUUUUAAAUAUUUUUUUUUACCUUGUAUUUGUUUUCCAGAAAUAUAAAUAAAUGUUGUGUAUUUAGUGUUUUAUGAUAUUUAAGCAAUGUCAUUUUAAUGUUUACCUGUUUUCAAUUAUUAAAAUUCUGACUAGUGAGAUUAGCUUAUUUUGUGCUUGAGUAAAGUUAACAUUCCAUUCAAAGAUGAUGAUAUAUGUUUGUGUCAAAUGAGGCAACAGUUACAACAGAAUAUCAAUAUUUUGUAUGGUGUCUUUUUAGCUCAUCUAUUUUUUGAAAAAAAAAUUAUGAGCUAUUGUCAUCACCUUUGCGUCGGCGUUGGCGUCGGCGUCCGGUUAAGUUUUGCGUUUAGGUCCACUUUUCUCAGAAAGUAUCGAUGCUAUUGCAUUCAAACUUGGUACACUUACUUACUAUCAUGAGGGAACUGGGCAGGCAAAGUUAGAUAACUCUGGCGUGCAUUUUGACAAAAAUAUUAUGUGCCCUUUUUAUACUUAGAAAAUUGAAAAUUUUGGUUAAGUUUUGUGUUUAGGUCCAUUUUAUUCCUUAAGUAUCAAAGCUAUUGCUUUCAUACUUGCAACACUUACUAUCAUAAGGGGACUGUGCAGGCAAAGUGAUGUAACUCUGACUGGCAUUUUGACAGAAUUAUUGCCCUUUUUAUACUUAAUAAAUUGAAAAUUUGGUUAAGUUUUAUGUUUAGGUCCACUUUAUUCCUACAGUAUCAAAGCUAUUGCUUUCAUACUUGCAACACUUAUUAACUAUCAUAAGGGGACUGUGCAUGCAAAGUUAUGUAACUCUGACUGGCAUUUGGACGGAAUUAUGGGCCCUUUAUACUUAGAAAAUUGAAAAUUUGGUUAAGUUUUGUGUUUUGGUCCACUUUACCCCUAAAGUAUCAUAGAUAUUGCUUUCAUACUUGGAACACUCGCAAACUAUCAUAAGGGUACAGUAAAAGGACAAGUUGCAUAACUCUGGUUGUCAUUUUUCACGGAAUUAUGGCCCUUUUUUGACUUAGUAACUUUGAAUAUAUUGUUAAAUUUUGUGUUUCGAUCCACUUUACUUCUAAAGUAUCAAGGCUAUUGCUUUCAAACUUCAAAUACUUUCAUGCUAUCAUGAGGUUACUGUACCUGGCAAGUUGAAUUUUACCUUGACCUUUGAAUGACCUUGACUCUCAAGGUCAAAUUAUUAAAUUUUGCUAAAAUUGCCAUAACUUCUUUAUUUAUGAUUAGAUUUGAUUGAUUGACAAAACUACUCUUACCUGACAUACCACAAUAGACUCCACCCAAACCAUUCCCGUGCUCUGCCCCC